CUAUACUCUUACAAGAAAAGAGAAAAGAACAUAAUGGCCGGCCAAAUCAUGAAGGUCAUGGCACUGGUCCUAGGCCUCCUGGCCACGACGGCGAUCGCCGAGGACACACUGUUCAACGACGAGAGCCUCGAAGUUGGCCAGUAUCUGGAGAACGGGCCGUAUAAGUUUAUCAUGCAGGGGGACUGCAACCUGGUGCUGUACGUGAACGGGAACCGAGCACUGUGGUCGUCGAGGACCAACGGCAAGGGCAGCUCCUGCCGCGCCACGCUGCAGGACAAUGGCAACCUGGUCAUCUUCUCCGGAAGCGAUGUGGUGUGGACCAGCGACAGCACCCUCGGGCCCAACACCUACCGUCUGGUCGUCCAAGGGGACGGGAACGUCGUCAUCUAUGGUGCACCACUCUGGGCAACCAACACCGUUCAGAGCCGGAGAUUGCUGCUCUGAUGAAGGGAUGAAGACCUCCUCUGCCAUAUCUGUUUUGCUUAUCUAUGUCAUGAGUGCCAAGAACUAUUAAAGGAUUUGAAUGAGGUUGGAAUUAUUUGGAAAGCAGUACUUUUCUAUAUAUAUAUAUAUAUA